AUGAAGGUAUCGCUCUUCUCUGGAGUCGCCGUCGUCACGGGCGCUGCUUCUGGAAUCGGCCGCCAGGUCGCCAUCUCCUUCGCACGUGAGGGGUGCAAGCGUAUCGCCCUCCUCGACAGAGACGAGGACGGCGCCCUCGAGACUGCCCGCAUGUGUCGCGAAGCCAAUGGCGAAACGCGCACUUUUGUCAUGGAGAUUGACAACCGCAAUGAUGAGGACGUGUUGGCGUGCAUGGAGAAUGUGGUCGAGGAAUGGGGGCGCAUCGACUACGCCGUCAACUGUGCUGGUGAGUGUCUUCAAAAACCAAGUCGCAGAAGACGAGGGGCCAAGGCCCUGGGUUAG